CAGUAGUCCCCAACUGAGCGCUUGAAUUUAAAGUUCAUACAAACGAUAACACUGAUAAGGCGACGACGAAACAUAUGUAAUGUAUAAAUAAAUCAUAGAACGCGUGAAACAAAAGAAGAUCGGUCGUGUUACAGUUUUAUAAGUGAUGGGUGUUAAAAGUAAUUCGAUAUUGCAAGUGGUGUCGGGAUGGCAGGCAGUACAGUUAUUCUUUGAGUGCAUAUAUUUGGGUCUGUGGCAGUUAAUGCAACUAGCAAUAAAAAGGUUAUGGAAAGGACAUAGAAGAAAAAUUUCUAAUAGUGCACCGCCGGUAGAACUAACCGUAGACUCCUCGAUUGGAAUUCAUUGUUAUAUUAAAAUUAUGGGGGUAAAAUAUCAUUACGUAGAAACAGGUCCAAAAACUGGUCAAUUAAUCCUAAUCCUGGGAGAUGCCCCAGACACUGGCAACCUAUGGGUCCCAACGUGGUCUUCAGCGGUGCGACGGCUUGCUGAAAACGGAUACCACGUCAUUACCCUGGACCUUCGUGGGUCUGGGGGCAGUGAGACUGGGAACAGACGCGAUUUGACUCCACCAAAGGCUGUUGGGGAAUUGGCAGCUUUGUUGAAAGCUCUAGGCGUGUCCGAGACCCACCCAGCCAUUGUAAUUGGCUUCGGAAUUGGUGGUAUGCUGACAUGGUACUUUGUGCAUUGCUAUGGGUCAAUUGUCAGUAAAUUCGUAGUUGCCGACGCGCCACACCCAAACCUCUACUGGCUACAUCCCCCAGCAGCAUUUUGUAAACGUUCUUUACACUUUAUUCAGUGGCCACAUUUCCCCGAAAGAUGGUUGGCGGAGAGUGAAAUUCAGAAUAAUACAAAAUGGGCCAGUUCGCGAGCAAGAGAUUGGAGCGGUGCGCUUAACUACGUGAGAGGUGCUGCUUGGUAUCGUAUUCAUCCUGACCACAAAGUUCAGCCGCGAGGCUUGCUGAUCGGUGGUAAGGAGAGCGCAGCGCAAUUAGUUGCUAGUGCUCAGCAUUGCAAUGGUCCCGCGUUUCGAUUGGUCACAAAACCAGAGCCAGGGGACAAGGACGUACCACUGCACGUUUUGGACUUUAUCGUUGGUAAGAAGAAACAAGUAGAAGAUAUACCUCGGGGGCUGGUCACACGAAUGUUAGAAGCUGUGGCGGACCGAGGAAGAGAGUUCACCGCCCGUUUGGCACUUCCAGCCAACGCAUAGUUUUUAUUCAUCAAAUUCCCGAGGGUCUCGAAUCUCGCGUAAUAUUAUAACAGUUUGAGUUUACUUACGAGAUAUAUAGUGUAGCUUUAUGUUAGGAACUAAUGUACUUUUUAUAAUUAACUGCUUUUAACUGUACGAGAUUCUGUGUUCAAUAAUAAUUGUUUAGACUGAAAACGCUAUCCUAAAAGCCUACUUAAGCUUUAUCAAAGAUAAAGUUUAAGAUAGAAAUUAUUAUUAUUAAUUACUAUUCUAUUAUCUUCUCGAUUCAGGAUGAUGGAUAAGAAUUGUUUAUUUUUAUGUAUUCGGAUUUAAAAUUUUGCUCUAAUUAUAAGUGUCAACAGAUUGACAUAUUAUUAAUUGGCAGCUGUCGAAAGUCCAAAUGUAUAAGUUUAUUAUUAAAUCUUAUUUCUAUACGAGUAUAGGUUUAGUU